GUGGCCGCCCAGCGGGCAGGGCUGGGCCGGGCGGGGGCUGCAGUGGCCGGGCCCUGCGAGGGCUGGGCGGUGUGGGACCCUCCGCCGCCGCCUUCCCUGCAGGCUGCCCCUGGGGGCCCGCGCCGUGGGCUGAGAGCUGAGAAGGGUGCGGGGCGGCGGGGGUGGGGGGGGCAGCACAAAUUACAUCACGUGUCCGUGUGAAAAGGAGACUCUGAGUGGCUCUUGCUUUUUGCUGCGGUGACUCCCUGAAGAAAAUGGCAGUUAAUGUGUAUUCUACUUCAGUGACCAGUGAUAACUUGAGUCGACAUGACAUGCUUGCUUGGAUCAACGAGUCUUUGCAGUUGAACCUGACAAAGAUUGAACACCUGUGCUCAGGUGCUGCCUACUGCCAGUUUCUGGACAUGCUCUUCCCUGGUUCGGUAGCACUCAAGAAAGUGAAAUUUCAAGCAAAGUUGGAACAUGAAUACAUUCAAAACUUCAAGAUUCUACAAGCAGGUUUUAAGCGAAUGGGUGUUGACAAAAUAAUCCCUGUGGACAAACUAGUGAAAGGAAAAUUUCAGGACAAUUUUGAAUUUGUUCAGUGGUUCAAAAAAUUUUUUGAUGCAAACUAUGAUGGGAAAGAGUAUGACCCUGUUGCAGCUCGACAAGGCCAAGAAACAGCUCCAGCACCCACCCUUGUUGCUCCAGUACUGAACAAACCCAAGAAAGCUCUCAGUUCCAGCAGUGCAGAUGACAGUUACCUGGGAGCCACAGAAAUGAAGGCUGCAAGAACAGAUGCUUCUUCCUUAAAGAAAAUGGCGAUGAUUGCUCCUCAGAGGCCUAUUGUUACUCAGAGAACCACAGCAGCUCCUAAAACUGGCACUGGAAUGGUUAAAAAGGCUCCCGUAGGAAUAGUAGAGGAUGAAUCAGCAGAGCUGAUCCAGCAGAUUAAUGUAUUGAAACUUACUGUUGAAGAUCUGGAGAAGGAGAGGGACUUCUAUUUUGGCAAACUGAGAAAUAUCGAAUUGAUCUGCCAAGAGAAUGAAGGGGAGAGUGAUCCAGUGUUGCAGAGGAUUGUGGAAAUUCUUUAUGCAACAGAUGAAGGCUUUGUGAUACCUGACGAAGGAGCACCACAAGAGGAACAAGAAGAGUAUUAACAGUCCAUAUACUGUACCAGCAGAGCAGGAACAUCAGAAUUCUUUGCCCCAAAUCAUGUGCUUAACUGUAAAAUACUCCACUUUAUUAUUAUUAGAGGACUCACUGGUUUCUUUUCAUAAGCAAAAAGUACCUCUUCUUAAAGUGCACUUUGCAGAAGUUUUACUCUUUUCCAAUGGGUUUGAGUUAGGAGCUCUUUUUCACUUCGUAGCAGAACAGUAUUAACAUCUAGUUGGUAUAUUUAGGGAACAAGAGGUUGAAUAUUUUGAUGCUUGCUGUGGAAUUAUUUGGUUGUUGGUAAAACAUUGGUUUGUGGAAAGUCUUUUCUUCUGUACCUUACUGAGGUGGAGUGUGUAGUAGAGAAACUAAACACUGACUCACGGAAAGAUUGUGUUAAUGUGAAAUUGCAGCAGAGAACUUUUAAUAAAAAUGCCUUAAGAGUAUUUAAAAUAUGCUUCCAUAUGCCAAAUUAUAAAGUAAUGUGACAGGAGAUUUUAUGUGCUUCAUACUGGGGUUAGAAAGUGUCUAACUUACACUGCUGUCUGGGAGGCCUCGUGCGGCAUAGUGACUACUCAAAAGGGGCUAGUAAAAUAAAACUCCCUCCCUGUGUAAAGCCGCUCACUAAGUGGUUAGUUCUCAAUGACAAAAUAGGCCUUAAUGCUGCUUGUUACAAUAUUGGAGUGAGUAUGAAGAGCUCAGACAAACAGGUAAAAUUAUCUUGAGUGCUAAAUCCUUCUCUGGCAUUGUGGCUAACAACUUUGCCAAACUCAUGUACUAUAUUUUCUGAGAACAUGGAUCUAGUCGUAUUGCCUAGAAGGUUCUUCAAAAGUUUCUCACUUCACUCUCUGGAUCAUUUUUCUACUUGUCCUGUCUCCCUUUAUUUUUGUGGUGUCCUUUCUGGUAUGUUUGUUUCUGGUUUCCUCUUCUCUCCCCCAUCCUAGAGUACUGGUUAAACCAAUGGAUCUAAUAGAACUUGCGUUAUGCAAGUGUCUCGGUUGUAUUAAAGGGAGUGAGUGGGUUGAGGAUAUACCUAUUUUGUGGCUGUUGGGAAGUCUUCCUCAGCCCUUGGUGUAUCUUAAUAGUGAUACUUGCCAGUACAGUAACCUUCUGGGGACAAAACUAAUGUUAGCUAAUAAAAAAGCUAAUGUUGCAGAAAAUACAGUACCCAGACUAACUUAAUAUUAAUAUUUAAGAUACUUUAUUCUUGAACUGUCCCUUCCUUUGCUAUCAAGUUCCUCUCAUUGCUGUUUGUGUUUGGCAAGAUCCCACAGGACAUCUGAUCCACCCACACUGAGUCUAAUCAGUCCUGAUGUGCUUGUAUGCAUUUGUUUCUGGUUGUAGCUUGUCCUAAAAUGUGUGUAGAAGGCAAGCAUUUAUUGUAACUGUUGUGUAGUGCAUGAAUCUUUGUGAAAUUCAGAGGAAAACCCAAUUUCAGUGAAUGCCAAAAAAAAAAAAAGCAAGUAACUAGCCAUUGUUUAAAAUUCCAGUGGUGCUAUUUCUCUUGUGGCCUUCUAGACUUUUGUUGCCCUAAAAUUCCAUUUUACUGAAAAACCAUAUUCCACCUGGAUUUUUCUUGACAGGGUUUUUUCUACUUUAAGCCGUUUCUAAAUAAAGUUCUGUAUUUCAAGAGUGUCAUGUCUUCUGGAGUCGUCAUGUUCUGGGGAUAUGAUUAGAUUAAGCAAAGGAUCCUGGUAUUUUCAGUCUGAAGCUACACAACUUGCAACAUUGGCCUUCAUCCUCCAGUCAUAGCUCCUUUCCUCGCUCAAAUUACUGCUGCAAUAAUUUUUCUUGGGACUCCCCUGUAUUCUGUUGGGAGAGAACUUCUUUUCGUAUGUUAGGCUUACAGUGACUACAAAUCAUAGUUGGACUGUAGGUUUCCCCUUCCUUUGGUGUAAUGUAGUGGUGCACUGUAACAGCAAUAUUGGUCUGUUUUUCUUUGUAUCUGACUCGUGAAGUCUAAUGCAUUGCAUUACUAGAACACCAAAGUUAAAAGAAUACCAUGUUUUUGACCUUAGGUUCUGUCACCAGCUCUGAGCAAACAUAAUCUCUUGUAAUUUAGUCAUCUUGUUAAGCUUGCCGUAAAUUUCAGUGAGCCAAGCUUUAAUGUUAGACAAGAACUAACUAGCUUCUGCAGAAACAAAUGCUAAUGUGGCAUGUCUAGCCUUUUAAAAGUUCUGACAAAUCCCCCAAAGUCUUGCCAGUAUUCAUGCUGGCAAACUUUGGAAUGGUCCAUCGAAGUCUUAUCCUAAGGAAUAGUUAUUAAUGGCAACAAAACUAGUACUGCAGUGUGAAAGUGCAUUGGUAAAAUGAGGUUUUGAUGCACAUAAAAUCUUCUCUACCAUUACUUAUUUGGUAUUAGGUGAAAAAAUUACCAUCUUUCAACUGCUGAUAACUGUGUAUAUCACUCUGUUAUCCUUUCUGCAUACUCAAGGCAAAGUAGCAACAUGUGGCUUGUGUGACCUGCCAUGGGAAAUAACAUUUUUAGGCUUUCCACAUUUUGUAAAGGGUCAGCUACGUGCUAUGGAUCAUUGUGGUUUCACCUUUGUAUUGCAAGAUCCCACCUGGUGAGGAGCGAGGAUGGAUCCAUGUUUACCAUGACACUAGAUGAGUUGCACUGUGAUCAAUUUGACCUCUGCUUCUGCCAAAAGCAAACAAAUCUCUUAAGCUAAAGGGGAGGGAAUGAUGGGAAUUGUAGAAAUAUUACUGGUGCUCCUUGACCACAAAAUUGACCACAACUCAAUGUGGAAGCUUUCAAUCUUGCAAGUCAAAGUCCUGUGAAAUUUCAGAUUGCUGCAUCAUUCUCUAAUAUACCAAGAAAUGACAAGUCGUAAAUAAAAUUUGGAAAUUCAUAAUACAGGUAACUUAUUUACAAGUUUGUAUCAUAGACUUUUUGGGCAGUCUUUUAUAAUUUCCUUGCUGGAAAGCAGAUAACCAGAAUAAACUUAAAACUCAAGUGGCUACUCUGACCUGGUACAGCAUUGGUUGAUAGAUGUUAAGUGCUUUUCUGCUGGAAUGACUAUUUCAGAAAACAACCAACCUUUCUUAGAUUUAGUUUGAUCGGUUAUCUGAAACAAACAAGAUAGAACAACCAAAAGCUUAUAUCUGUCUUUCUGCACCCAACGUGUCUUACAGGUGUGCACUCAGAUUUUUUAACUUAAUUGUUCAAUCUUUUCAAAAUUCCUGGUUUGCAAUGACAAUUCUUACUGUAACUGUUAAAAGGCUCCAAAUAAAAGCCAAGAAUUUACAUCA